UUCCUCCAGGUCCUUCUUUGCUCCCUGAUUGCCGCAGCCGCCGCCACCUCGGAUGAUGCCAAUGCCGAGGUGAAACAUUUCCAAUCGGAUGUCAGUGAACAUGGUUUCCAAUACGCCUACGACACCACCAAUGCCAUUCAUGCCGCUGCUGCUGGCAGUGCCUAUGGUGAACAUAAUGGCGAUUUCUCUUGGAUCUCUCCCGAAGGUGAACAUGUUGCCAUCCAGUACGUGGCCGAUGAAAAUGGCUAUCAGCCAAGUGGUGAUAUUUUGCCCACACCACCACCAAUCCCCGAGGCCAUCUUGAAGGCUUUGGAAUACAUUCGCACCCAUCCUCGCUAUGAGGAGGAACCAGUCAGGAAGCAAGUGGUCCAUCAUGGUGCCAAGAAUUACGGCAGACGUUUCUAA